AAAUUUUGGCUGUCAAGUGUUACGGAGCCUACAUAAGUAAGUGCCACACACACGUAAACAUAGGGACAAAUUGACAUCUGCAAGAGAAUUGCACGAUACUAUAUAUAGGAUAACACACACGGGCAUAUAUAUAUGUCUGACCGUAUAUAGUACGCAUGUACACAGACUGCUGUAUAUAUAUAAACACGAGUUAUAACUGUAUACUGCUGUUGGCUGGCUCGCUCUCCUCUUUCGCUUGUAGCAGUCACUUGGUCUAUUGACAUCGGGCGCACGCAAGGCCAAACAGCUGAUUUUCGCACUACAGGCCAUGUAGACGUGCCAGCACACGCCAGCAAGCAACUCUUCAUCGUCGAGAAAGAGAGCAUGAGAGUCUCUCUCCUCGUCGAUCACUACGUCCUGGGGCUGGCCUUUGGGACCCUGCGUUAUUCGCAUCCACAGAGACUUCUCGUCGUGCAGCUGCCUUCCUAUUCACGACGGGCCUUACGAUGGCUGAAAUGUUUGCCUUUGAAGCCGACGACGAGGAGGUGACCAUCAUCAGCGAUGAUUCCGACAUGGAGUGCUCCGUGCUCACCCAGCAGGUCUACAGCCACUGCCAUGGCCUUCCUUACAAAGAAGAUGAAAACUCUGGCGAUUAUGAAGUUAUUGAUAUAUCGGAUGACAGUUGCAUGUCAUCGUUCAAUCCAAAUCAUCAGAAGCUAACCCGAGAUGAUUUUGAAUUUUGCAAAGUUAUUGGCCUUGGUGGCUAUGGCAAAGUGUAUCAAGCUCGUAAAAAAACUGGCACUGAUCGAGGUACUCUUUGUGCCAUGAAGGUAUUGAAGAAAGCUAAAAUAAUAAGAAGUCUCAAAGAAACUGCCCAUACUAAAACAGAGAGAAAUAUUUUACAAGAUAUAAAGCAUCCAUUUAUUGUUGAGUUAUUGUAUGCUUUUCAAACUGAAGGUAGAUUAUACCUUGGACUAGAAUAUAUGUGUGGAGGAGAACUUUUUUCGUAUAUGAACAAAGAACGUAUGUUAUAUGAAGAUUCAGCUAGAUUCUACAUUAGUGAAAUUGUGUUGGCUAUUGAACAUCUCCAUUCUCAUGGCAUUGUGUACAGAGAUUUAAAGCCAGAGAAUAUUCUUGUAGGUGCACAGGGACAUAUCAAAUUAUGCGAUUUUGGGCUGUGCAAGGAACACAUUAAUGGAGAUGCCAUGACUCAUACAUUUUGUGGAACCAUAGAUUAUAUGGCUCCUGAAAUCCUUUCUCAAACGGGUCAUGAACGAUCAGUUGAUUGGUGGAGUUUAGGAGUUAUGUUAUAUGAAAUGUUAACUGGAUAUCCUCCGUUUAAAGCUGAAAACAGGAAAGAGGCCUUGGAAAAAAUCAUGAAACUAAGAUUAAAAUUUGAAUCAUUUAUAACAAAUGCAGCUAAAGAUUUAAUUCGUAAACUAUUAAAGUUAUAUCCAAAAAGAUUGGGAUGUGGACCCAACGGUGCUGCCCUAAUAAAACGACACCAAUUUUUUAGACCUAUUAAUUGGGAGGAUGUGUUACAACAAAAAUUAGAACCACCUUUCAAACCAAAAAUGAAAGACAUAGAUGAUGUUUCAAAUUUUGAUAGAAAAUUUACCUCAUUAGAAGUUAAAGAGUCUCCUGAAAAUUUUGCACUUAGUGAAUCAGCCAAACAAGCAUUCAAGGAUUUUUCAUACAAUGCCUUCAAUGAUAAUGAAGUGGGUCAGCGCACUUUUGAAUCUGGCAUGUUUAGACAACAAUUAAACGAUGAUGAUAUCGAAAUAAUUGAUAUCAGCUGAAAAAAACACAAGUUCACCUCAUGUACAUACUAUCAUUUUGUUAUACCGAUAGAUAAUAAGAUUUUCAUUUAGUUUUUGGCUGUAAGAGGAUAAACGUAAGUGAUCAAGUCAGAAUAUCACUGAUGAAUUGUAACAAUGACUAAUAUUAAAUACUGUACAUAAAAAUACUAUUAUUAUAUUCUGUGAUUGCACCAAGAAAUACGCCUAAUUACAAAUAUGAAAGAGUGGUUGCGUAAAACUGCCUAAUCAUAAAGUACUUCUUUAUUUGGUAGUAGGUAGACCAAGGUUUGGAAUUCAUAAAUAUAAUCGUAUAUAUUUACAAGAAUUUCAUGUUAAUUUAUAGAAAAAUUAUUUUAAUUUAUUGUCAGAUCGAUAACUUACAAAGUGUAUUACUCGCGUGUUAUCAUGUGUUCUAAAAAAUAAAAAAGUGAAA